AUGACAGGCUUGAACUAUGAACGAGUACCAUGGAAGGAUGUGGUUGCAGUAGCAUCCGUUCUGAUGGCUUGUUACACUAGUUUUAAAUACCUUAAAAAUCGCAAUGAGCUGAAUAAACCGCCUGUGAAAGGUGGUGUCGAAGAAUUGAUCGGCAACACACCAUUGGUUUUGAUAAAGUCCCUUUCGAAAUUGACAGGGACCGAAAUCUUUGCCAAGAUGGAACUUAGCAAUCCUGCGGGCAGUGCUAAGGAUAGGGUAGCCUACAAUAUUAUUAAGACGGCCGAACAGGAGGGUAAACUAGUUCGAGGAGAGCCUGGCUGGGUUUUUGAAGGGACCAGUGGAUCUACAGGUAUAUCCAUUGCAAUGCUUUGCAAUGCUUUGGGUUACCGAGCACAUAUUUCCUUGCCAAAUGAUACUUCAACGGAAAAGUUAGCUUUAUUGGAUAGUUUAGGUGCUACUGUCAACAUGGUCAAUCCCGCAAGUAUUGUAGAUCCUAGUCAAUAUGUGAAUGCUGCAAAAAAAUCAUGUGCAGAACUUGUCAGUAAAGGUGUCAGAGGAGUGUUUGCAGAUCAGUUUGAAAAUGAGGCAAAUUGGAAAAUACAUUUUGAAACUACUGGUCCAGAAAUUUACAAGCAAACCGGGGGUCAUGUAGAUUGUUUCAUUGCUGGCUGUGGUACAGGUGGCACCAUAACCGGGGUAUCUCGAUAUUUAAAGCGAAAAAUGAAAAGAAACCCACCUUAUACGAUCCUUGCUGAUCCACAAGGUUCCGGAUUCUUCAACAGAAUAAACUACGGUGUUAUGUAUGAUAAUACCGAAAAAGAAGGUACAAGAAGAAGACACCAAGUAGAUACCAUUGUGGAAGGAAUAGGCUUGAAUAGAAUAACAAAAAACUUUGAACUAGGUGAGAGUUCUAUUGAUGAAUCAAUACGGGUGACUGAUAAUCAAGCUAUCAAAAUGGCAAAAUUCUUGUCAGUCAACGAUGGCCUGUUUGCUGGUAGUAGUACUGCCAUAAAUGCAGUAGCAGCGGUUAAAGCUGCGAAAAGAAUGAGAAGAAACUCAAGAAUUGUCAUCAUUGCUUGUGAUGCUGGAACAAGACAUCUGAGUAAGUUUUGGAAAGAGGCAAAAACUGUAGAUUCUAACAUUACUUUGGAGGAAGUAAUAGCAGACUAA